AUGAAGUUUGGGCGAAACCACCUCUCUCUCCAAAGCCUCCCACGCAACCAGGUCCCCGAAUGGGCAGCCUCAUACAUCAACUAUAAGGGCCUCAAGAAACUCGUCAAAGCUGCUUCCGUAAAGGCAAAGGAGGGAAUCACAGUGGAUCCUGCAGAGCUCUUCUUCGCCCUUGAUCGCAAUCUCGAAGACGUCGACUCUUUUUACAACAAGAAAUUCGCCUCGGCAUGCCGCCGCCUCAGCCUCCUCCAAGACCGCUACGGCCGCAUCCCCGAUGUCGUCGCCACCCUCGACGAGGAUGAGGUGGAAGAAGUCAUGGGCGCGCUGCUCGAGCUGCGCACCCUCUUGCGCAAUAUUCAGUGGUUUGGCGAGAUCAAUCGCCGCGGCUUUGUCAAGAUUACCAAGAAGCUCGAUAAAAAAGUGCCUGGCAUUGCUGCCCAGAAUAGCUACAUUUCCACAAAGGUCGACACCAAGCCCUUUGCCAAGGACGGCGGCACCUCUCGUCUUCUCGUCGAGAUCAACCGCUGGCUCUCUGCUCUGAGCGACGCCCAAAACUUUGACGACGCCAAGUCGGAUCGCUCCGCCCGCUCUCUGGGUCGUGCCUCUACCAAGGCCAUGCUCAACCUUCCCCAGGCACAACUCGAUAUCCUCGACCAAGCAGUGCGCGCCGAUGAUGACAACGGCCUCAACGACGGCAUUCAUUCCACCGUCACUCCGUCUGAGCCUGCCUCGCAAACACUGAUGCUGAACUUGCUCCAAAGGUCCAUUUCUGCUCGCGCAAAGAAGUGCAUCGUGCUACUGCUGGGACUUAUCAAGCAUCUCGACGAGCCUGAUGACAUCAACGGCCGGAACUGCAUUCACCGACUUAUUAUUCACAUUGGGAGAACGAAAUCUGCAUCCAAUAUCGACGAUCGACCCGUCCCCGCUGGCACGCAGUUCUCUACCCGACACCUGCAACCCGCCGUCUCGGCCGCUGUUCCGAUCAAGGCCAUCAACACAAAGGAAUCGCAGCUUCUCGAAAAGGAUGAUGAAACUGUUCAGCUACUGGUGUUCCUCCUCGACAACCUCAAGCCUGAACAGCGCAUAUCUUUACGAACUCGCGACUCUUUCGGUCGCAUGCCUCUGCACUAUGCUGCACAGGCUGGUUUUGUUGUACUCUGUCAAAUUCUCAUGGCCCGCAUGCAGGAAUGGAACCAGUUCGAUGUCAGUGAUGGGAUCGACGCCGCCGAGUGGCAGGACAGCGAGGGUUAUGCUCCUCUGCAUCUGAGCGUCAUCGGCGGCCACCCUCUCACCACGAAGAGCCUGUUGCAGGGCGAGAAUUGGCAAGGCAGUAGUGACGCGAAGCCUGCGAUACGAAAGCGGGUUGGAAAAUCUGGCGCUGUUCUGGCUCUCGCGACCAAGGCAAACUACUGGGUCAUUGUGCAAAUGCUUCUCGACGCUGGUGUCGAUAUCAACUGGCGCGACAAGACUGGCGAAACCGCUCUCCACGUGGCUGCUCGCUUCAACCACCGCGAGUGCGCCGAGAUCAUUCUCAAGGGGACCGAUUCUCAAAAGCCAGACAUGGAGCUGACUGAGAACUCUUACUCUUGGGCACCGCUACAUGUUGCUGCCGUGGACGGCUCGCUCGAUGUUGUACAACUCCUCAUUGAGGCUGGCGCGCAGCUCUCCAAGCCUGAUGCGUCCGGUUGGAUGGCAAAGGAGCACGCUGCUCUCCGCGGCCACAUGGAUAUUGCCCGACUCCUUGGCUCUUAUACCGAGGAGGUAACCGAGGAAGCGCCCAAACGUCCGGCUGAGCAGGGACUGUCUGCCAGCCCACCCGAGGCCUCGUCAAUUGAUGGUCGUCGGUCGAACGGAAGCGUUGCCAACAGCCAGGUUCGUCCCGUUGAGUCCGUCAAGACGUUUGGCCAUCGCUAUCUUCGGAACGAGAGCUUGGUUCUGGUCAGCCUUGGUUCUAUGGACCUCCGCAAGACAACAGAGGCAGUCAACCUCGACAGCAUCCCGCUGACUGAGGCGCACAGCACGCAACUCGAUACAGCACUGUCAGUUGUUGUCUCUGCCACUGGAGCAAUCGGCGACGCCACUAUUAUCGAUUUGCCUGUACAUGAAGGCAUCGCCACCGAGCCCGUCGUCUUUACCACAGGCGAUGCCGCAAAGGUGAAGCUCAUGUUUGACAUUGUGCCCACAUAUUCCGGCAACCAAAAAGCCAAAGUUGGACGUGCUGUGGCCCUUCUUUCGUCCGUCAAGCCUACCAUGGGCUCUGGCCGCAUGAACCUGCAAGGUGAUGUGUGUGUUCCCAUCAUGUCGAGCAGCUUUGACGUCAUUGGAACCGUCAACUUCAACUUCCACGUCAUUACGCCUUUCCACCACCCAAACAUGGAGAUUACAUCGCGCCAAACGUACUGGAAGAAAAUGGAGACGACUAUGCUCAUCGGUCACCGUGGCCUCGGAAAAAAUGCCAGCUCCAACAAGUCUCUGCAACUUGGCGAGAACACGAUUCCGUCCUUCAUCGCCGCCGCUAAUCUGGGAGCCCAAUACGUCGAAUUCGACGUGCAGCUCACCAAGGACCACGUCCCCGUCAUCUACCACGACUUUCUUGUCAGCGAGACAGGCAUCGACGCUCCCGUGCACACGCUCACUCUCGAGCAGUUUUUGCACAUCAACCCUGAAACGCGCCACCGAGCGGAAGAGCGGAGCAAGCAUGCCGAUUCUCAUCCUACUGGCUCUCGUGCCCGCAGUAGCAGCUUUGCACCAAAGCGCUCGCACUCGAUGGGCUUUGCUGGGACUGGGUCCAGCUACGGGGAAAUGGACGAACGCAUGAAGCACACGCGCGAUUUUAAGGAAAAGGGCUUCAAGGCAAACUCGCGCGGCAACUUUAUUCAAGCGCCGUUUGCUACGCUGGAGGAUCUGUUCCGCAAACUGCCGGAUCACAUUGGCUUCAACAUUGAGAUGAAGUACCCGAUGCUACAUGAGACGGAGGAGCAUGACAUGGAUACAUAUGCCGUUGAGCUCAACUCUUUCUGCGACACUGUGCUCUCCAAGGUGUACGAGCUCGCCGGGGAGCGGCACAUCAUCUUUAGCUCGUUCAACCCCGAUAUCUGUCUGGGCCUGAGCUACAAGCAGCCAUCGAUUCCCAUCUUGUUCCUUACCGAUGCCGGCUGCAGUCCCGUCUCCGAUAUUCGCGCCUCGUCGCUGCAGGAGGCUAUUCGGUUUGCCAGCCACUGGAACCUACUGGGUAUCGUAUCUGCCGCGGAACCGCUCAUCAACAGCCCUCGUCUGGUCAAGGUUGUCAAAGAGAAUGGGUUAGUGUGUGUCAGUUACGGCACAUUAAACAAUGACUCCAUCAUGGUCCAGCGCCAAGUGAAGCAAGGGAUUGAUGCGGUCAUUGUCGACAGUGUCUUGGCCAUCCGCAAGGGCCUUACCACGGGAGAGUCGGCAGGGGCCACAACCGAGACGUCAUAA